AUGACGACGGUCGAUCGCGUGUAUGCGGCGCCCGGGAGCCUGCCCGAGGCCGUCACCGGACUGGAACGCCGCCUUCGUGACGCCUGCCCCCAGGUUGACAUUGUCACCAUCCAGACCGAGUCGUGCUUUACCUACCAAGUGGCCGAAGACACAGCACUGACCCCCGAGCAAAAGGAGCGUCUCGCCUGGCUUCUUCGCGAGCCUUUUACAACUGCCUUUGGACCGACCUCGCAGCUUGAUGCCGCCAAAGAUGCUGCCACGCUGAUUGUUGAAGUGGGCCCUCGUCUCAACGUGACUACCGCAUGGUCCACCAACGCUGUCUCCAUCUGCAAGCACAUUGGCCUCGAGCAGAUUGUGCGCAUGGAACAAAGCCGUCGCUACCGCAUCUCCUUCGCAAAGGCGCUCACAGAGGAGGCUCGUCGCACCCUCAUCGCUGCGCUCUACGAUCGCAUGACCGAGUUUGUCUACCAACAGCCUCUCACCAGCUUUGCCAUCGACAUCAAGCCCGAGCCCGUUUUCGAGGUUGACGUCAUGCAAGGCGGCCUUGCGGCUCUUAAAAAGGCUUCAGACGAGCUGGGACUUGCCUUUGAUGACUGGGACCUUGACUACUACACCAAGCUCUUUCGUGACGUCAUCAAGCGCAACCCCACCAGUGUCGAGUGCUUUGACAUGGCCCAAUCCAACAGCGAGCACUCUCGCCACUGGUUCUUUGGCGGUCGCCUCGUUUUGGAUGGUGUGGAGCAGCCCCUUUCCCUGAUGAAGAUGGUCAAGCGCACUCAAACUGAGACCCAACCCAACAAUAGCGUCAUUGCCUUCCACGACAACUCAUCCGCCAUCAAGGGUUUCGCCGUGCCCGUCCUCCGACCCACCCAAACAGACGGCCCCGCUCCUUUUGAGCUGCUUCCAUCCGUGGAACGCAAUCUCCUGCUCACCGCCGAGACCCACAACUUUCCAACCGCUGUGGCCCCAUUUGAGGGUGCAGGCACUGGCACUGGUGGGCGAAUCCGUGACGUGCAAGCCACCGGUCGUGGUGCUCAUGUCGUGGCAGGAACUGCUGCCUAUUGCGUCGGCAACCUUCAAAUCCCCGGCUACGAGUUGCCCUGGGAAGACCGCGCGGCCAAGUAUCCCAACAACAUGGCCAAGCCUCUGGAUAUCGAAAUUGAGGCCAGCAAUGGGGCCUCUGACUACGGCAACAAGUUUGGCGAGCCCGUAGUCGCCGGCUUCACUCGCAGCUUUGGCAUGACCUUGCCCAGCGGCGAGCGUCGCGAGUGGAUCAAGCCCAUCAUGUUUACCUCUGGCAUUGGCUCCGUCGAGGCCGCUUACAGCCAAAAAAACCCACCGCAGAAAGGCAUGGCUGUUGUGAAGGUCGGCGGCCCCGUCUACCGUGUGGGUAUGGGCGGAGGUGCUGCAUCUUCCGUGGAUGUUCAGGGUGGCGACAACCGGGACGCCGACCUCGACUUUAGUGCCGUGCAGCGUGGUGACCCAGAGAUGGAACAGAAGAUGAACCGAGCACUCCGUGCUUGCAUUGAGCGCGCCGACAACCCAAUUGUUAGCAUCCACGACCAAGGCGCAGGCGGCAAUGGUAACGUUCUGAAAGAGCUUGUUGAGCCCAUUGGUGCCGAAUACAAGGUGUCCAACUUUACCAAGGGCGACCCCACUCUCUCUUCCCUGGAGCUUUGGGGAGCCGAGUAUCAAGAGAACUGCGCCAUGCUCGUUCCAGCCGCCGAGCGUCCCUUUUUGGAGCGUGUUGCGCAGCGUGAGCGCGUAAAUGUUGAUUUUGUUGGCGAGGUUGCCGACCAUGGCCGUGUGGUCUUGCACGAUGACACUGAGAACAACAACGGUACGUUUGAGCUACUCAGUGUCACCAAGCCAGUGGAUCUGGAUCUGCAGCAUGUCCUGGCCGACAUGCCGCGCAAGGUGUUCAAGUCAGAUCGCGUCCAGCCCCAGCUGCAGGCUCUGACUCUUCCCGACGCCCCUGUCCGCAAUCACUUGGAUCGCGUGCUGCGACUCCUGUCCGUGGGAUCCAAGCGCUUCCUCACCAACAAAGUCGACCGCUCCGUUACCGGACUCAUUGCCCAGCAGCAAUGCGUGGGCCCUUUGCAUACCCCCCUCGCGGAUGUGGCGGUCACUGCCCUCAGCCACUUUGCUGACGUGGGCACUGCUUCAGCUAUUGGCGAGCAACCCAUCAAAAUGCUGCUCGAUGUCAAGGCCGGUGCACGCAUGAGCGUCGCAGAGGCCGUGGCCAAUUUGGUGUUUGCCCCAAUUACUCAACUCGCAGAUGCCAAGUGCUCUGGCAACUGGAUGUGGGCUGCCAAGCUGCCUGGCGAGGGCGCGGCACUGCACGACGCUUGCGAGACCAUGUGCGAUACCAUGAUUGCACUCGGCAUGGCGUUGGACGGUGGCAAAGACUCUCUCAGCAUGGCCGUCAAGGUGGAUAACGUCCCUGUCAAGGCUCCUGGCGAGCUCGUCAUCUCCCUCUAUGCGCCAUGCACCGAUGUGCGCGGCACGUUGACACCAGAUUUGAAGCCUGUUGUGGCCUCGCACCUGGUUUUCGUGGACCUUGCCCCUAGUCAUGCGCGAAUGGGUGGCAGUGCCUUGGCCCAGGUGUACCAGCAGCUGGGCAAUGAAGUGCCUGACGUCGAUGAUGUACAGGCGCUGGGCAAACUCUUUGCCACCACACAGCAACUGCUCAAGGCCGGGCACCUCUUGGCGGGCCACGACGUGUCAGAUGGUGGUGUGCUUGUGGCCGUACUUGAAAUGGCCUUUGCUGGCAACAUUGGUCUGGACAUUGCGUUGCCCUCUAAGGGAGCUUCGUCCGUGGCCGCUUGCUUUGCUGAAGAAAUUGGAUUGGUGCUGCAGGUGGCUGACACCAACCUAAAGGCUGUCCAAGAGGCAUACGCAGCCGCAGGUCUCGAAUGUACAGAUCUGGGUCUGGUCGCAGGAGAAGCCCAGGGCCCUGAUGCGACCGUCGUUGUGCGUGUGGGAGAGCAGACGGUGGUGGACGAAAGUCUAGUCGCUUUGCGUCAGGUUUGGGAGGCCACGUCCUUCCAGCUUGAGCGCCUUCAGUGCGCAGCAUCAUGCGUGGAGCAGGAGGAGGCCAGUAUGCAGACGCGUGUGCGCCCUCCUUACAAGCUUUCUUUUACACCAACCGCACCCAAAGCGCUGACAAGCUCGAUCGAGUCACGCCCGCGCGUAGCCGUUGUGCGUGAAGAGGGCAGCAACGGCGAUCGUGAAAUGGCAGCCACUUUGUUCAUGGCAGGCUUCAAUGUGUGGGACGUGACCAUGUCAGACCUCUGCGAGAGCCGGGUGUCGCUGGACCAAUUCCGUGGCCUGGUGUUUGUUGGCGGCUUUAGCUAUGCCGACGUAUGCGGCAGUGCCAAGGGGUGGGCUGGUACAGCGCUGUUCAACCCUGCAGCUCGUGCCCAGCUCGAGGCCUUCCGGGCCCGACCCGACACCUUCAGCUUGGGCGUCUGCAAUGGCUGCCAGCUGAUGGGUCUACUGGGCUGGAGCACCGAGACCGAGCCUGCAAAUGGCGCUGUCUUUACGCACAACACCAGUGGUCGCUAUGAGUCCCGCUUUGUGACUGUGCGCAUUGAUGAGAGCCCGGCCAUGAUGUUGCAAGGCAUGGCGGGCAGCACCCUCGGUGUUUGGGUCGCGCACGGCGAGGGUCGUGUUGAGUUUCUCGACGCUGAUGCCAAAAAGGCCGUUGAGACGGAGAAUCUGGCUCCCAUCCGUUACGUUGAUGAUGCCAACGAGGCCACUGAGGUGUACCCGCUCAACCCGAACGGUUCACCAGAUGGCAUUGCCGGCCUUUGCUCGGCGGACGGCCGCCACUUGGCUCUCAUGCCCCAUCCAGAGCGAUGCUCGAUCCUUUGGCAAUGGCCUUACCUUCCAGAGGACUGGCGCGCACUUGAGGCAUCACCCUGGCUCCGCAUGUUUGAAAACGCAGCGGCAUGGUGCGCCCAAAACAAUUAG